AGAUAUUUAUGUGUCAUGUAUGCUGGUAGCCAGACUCGAAAGAUAAACUUUGAUUUCAUCACUUUAAUCACUGCAAUCAAUAUGGCCUUCAAAUUUACUUUUAUAUAUCUUCAACAUAAGAGCGUUCCAUGCUGAUGUCUAGAAAAAAUUGACCAUUUUAUCUUUGACCAAAUCAUGGCAAAAUAAGAUCACGGAUUCGCAUCUCUGCUAACAGGUUACAACAAGCUGACUACAAAAUCCUAAUUGUCAUAACUGAGCUACUUUUAGGGGCCCAGCAACCUAACCACGGAUCAUCUUAUGCUUGUCUUCGUUUGUUCAAAAAGGUUACCUCAGAUUGUGAAAAUAUAUGAUGGUGAAAACAAACGACUCCAAGUUCCAGCUAAUUUUGAUCUUCAGCAACCUAUACUGCUGUACAAGGUGUACACGUGUCGUAAAAUCCACGGACGGGCUUUGUCUAUGAAUGACAAGGGUCACAUAAAACCUUCUGGACCAACUUUGAUUAUUCCAGAUAUAUAUCCAGGAUGGGUUGCUAUGGUUUUGAGAGACGGAAGAACUGCUGGCUUUUUUAACAGCAUCGGAGAAGUGUCUCGAGCUGCUGUUCCACUGUUUCUUGUUCAAGAUGCCGUUGUGGGAUUGAAGACGACAUCCAAUGGAAUGUGUCGUACAGUGGUUCCGCAUGGAGAGGUCCUGAAAGUCAUAGGAUCAUAUGAAGACCAAAAUAGGCAAAGCAUAUUGGAGAAAUGUCGCGGAAACCUCCAUCCCGACCUGAUGAUGUACUUAAAAUGCCUGUCUCAGCGUGGCGAAGUCCUCUAUUUACCUUACAGUGCCAAAGGAAGGUUUUACUGUAUAUCCUCACCUGACUCACAUACCCUGAAUCAUGUUUACUUAAUAUCUAACUUGCUACGUGUAACAAAAUUACCCUCUCUCAUUCGAAUAGUAUCGGGCCCUAAACCCCAUAUUGCCUUACCAUUCACAAAUGUCAUUCAGUUGGAAGAGGUACGGCGUGAAACUAUAAUUUUAGGUUGUACUAUGGUCAAUGAUGAGCCAAUCUUACUAGAAAUUAAUGCUAAUUCUAAAUUUUCACUUAUUGCUGCUAAAGAUAAAACUAUUUCGCAGAGAACGGAAAUUUUCAGAACGAUGUACAAACUUUGUACAACAGAAGGAGACAGAUGGCGACAGCAAAUUCGUAUCGCACAUCACGUCAUUCCAAAACUCAUUAAAUCGUCUGAAAAGUGUAAAACCCCAACCCCGUCAUUAACACCCUCUGUUACUCCUAAAAAUGAAUGCAGAGAAUUAAAACCGUCCCUUCCAGCCUGCGAUAUGAUUGAUUUUUUAAGAUAUUCAUAUCGCGAUUAUAUUUUCCCCAAACGCUUUUGGAUGUUCCGCAGAAGUAAAAGAUUUGAAUUUCCUGCUAAAUACGAUGAUUUAACCUCUAAACUUCCUCUCGAUAUCUUAAGAGCCUAUUACACAAAGCGUAGAAACAAAAAUGGUUCGUUUAAAAAUUGCAAAGAUUCCUUAAGAAUUAAACGACCUGAAAAGUUAAGACUUGAGUAUCCGCGACAAUCUAGUUCCGAUGAUGGAUAUUCCACUUCUUGCCUCGAUGAUGAAUCGAUUUAUCAUUCGAUUUGUUAAUUUAGAAUGCAUCCUGCAUUCCAUUUUACUGAACUGCAGAAAUGAGAAGCUCUUUAGAGACAAAAUAUAUUCUUUCAUUGCAUAUAUUGCAAUCAGACUGAAAAGUUAAAAUUCGGAUAUCCUUGAGAAUCUUAUUCGAAUUAUAUAUUCCGCUUGAAGAUAAAUCCAUCUAUCAUUCGAUUUAUUGAUUUGAGAUGUGUAAAAAAAAGAUGCUUAUAAUGUAUCAAAAUAUAUUUUAAUGUAUAUAUUACAAUUAUGACGUGUUUUUAAGUUUCUUUAUU